AUGUCGUACGUUCGUUCCUUAAUUUGGUUUUGGCUAAUAUAUCAAUGUGCGGUUACUAGCCUUGUCUACCAACACACGGUCUAUCAAAGGCGUCUUAAUCCUACGUAUGACAACGGGACAACCCCGAUUUUGUCAAGCACAGUUCCCACUUUCCAAGCCUGUAUCAACAAAUGUCACAACCAGCCACCAUGUGACUCCUUGGUAUUUGACAUCGUUACCUUGAAGUGCUCACUCUAUGAAGGAAAAACAGUUGAGGAAGAAAUCACUAUUAACCAAAUAUAUCAUCAGGUCUUGAACAAAACGGUUCAUCGGGAUAUCAUUGAGUAUGCCCAAUACCUGUGCAGUGGGAAAAGUCCAGGGUACAUUUAUAACGAGACCGUUCCGGUUUGUUACAAAAUUGAUCCAGGUCCAAGGACACUGGUGGAAGCUGUAUCGUUUUGUGGUGAAUCCGGUGGACACCUUUUACAAAUAGACACAGAGAGAAAGCAGAGACUUGUCGAGAACUUAAGAUUAGAAAAGACAGAGUCCAUAUCUAAAUAUCGCGUCGAUGGCAAAAAGACUGGUGGAAAAUGGACAUUUUUAGAUGGCACACCAAUAACAGUCUUUUUUUGGUACCCUGGGGAGCCUGCUAAUAAUUUCAUUGAUGGAGCUUCAUCUAUUGCACUGAGAGUUGGACACCAAGGAAAAUGGGAUGAUAUCAAUGCUACCUGGACUCAUGGCAGUAUUUGCGAAAAAGACAUCAAAUUUGACUAGUGGAGUAAAUUAAUUUGUUUCAAAUAUAUCUUUAAUGUAUAUACGUAUGACUUCAUUUUUUUUUAAGUAUUAGAUUGACGAUUUCGAACAAAAUUUUAUUUCAGCAAUUGAAAAUUAAUGUAACAUAUCAAUGUCGCUUUACCAACUAAUGUUUUGGUAUGAAUUUUCGAGGAUUUUUUGUUAAAAUAUGUAUUAUUCGUUGAACAUUAUCAUAAUAUAUUUUAGUUAGGUUUUAAUUGAUCGGAUGAAAUAUUCACAUUUCGCAUCGAGAUCAAGGCAAAAAAUACGCAAUUUUGUAAAUUGUCAUACACCUAAGAGCAAUGAAGGCUGAACAUUAAAAUAUUCUUGGGAAUUAUAAGUACAACAUAUUUGGAGCGUUUAAACAAAAUAAAAUAAUUCAUGAAAACAGGAAGAGGCUGCACUCAAACAAUAAGUAUAUAACGUGUAUUAUUAAACUCUUAAAGUUAAAAUUGUUGGUACUACACUUUGUUUAACACACUAUCAUUAUUUCUUUAUGUUUAUUGAUGUGAUAAUCUAUCAAAUGUUUGUUCGGUUUUAAGUGAACAUAUGCUAAUUAUUAUUUUUAAUUGUUUUUUCUUUUUUAUGGGUUUUAUUGGCAUGAAACAGGAGAAUGGAAAUGGAGGAUGUUUAAAGGUAUAUUUUAUGAAAGGAAUGCACAAUCGUAUGAAUGAAUAUCGAUUAAACAUUAGUUUAAUCAAAACAAUGGUAAUAUAAAUAAAUUAGAAUUGUUUUAAACUUUAGUUUCAACAACAAAAAUAAAAACAAUUGGAGCAGAAAUAAUUUA